AUGGGGCGCGGGCCGGUGCAGCUGCGCCGGAUCGAGAACAAGAUCAACCGCCAGGUGACCUUCUCCAAGCGCCGGAACGGGCUGCUGAAGAAGGCCCACGAGAUCUCCGUGCUCUGCGAUGCAGAGGUCGCGCUCAUCGUCUUCUCCACUAAGGGGAAGCUCUACGAGUACUCUAGCCAUUCUAGCAUGGAAGGCAUUCUUGGGCGUUACCAGCGGUACUCAUUUGAAGAAAGAGCAGUACUUGACCCAAGUAUUGAAGACCAGGCAAAUUGGGGAGAUGAAUAUGUCCGGUUAAAAUCCAAACUUGAUGCACUUCAGAAGAGUCAAAGCUUUGUUUUUUUGGUACAGAAUCAGCUCAUGUUCGAUUCAAUUUCCGAGCUUCAGAAAAAGGAGAAAGCACUUACAGAUCAAAAUGGUGUCCUGCAAAAGCUCAUGGAGGCAGAGAAGGAGAAAAACAAUGCUUUAAUGAACGCACACCUCCGGGAGCAGCAAAAUGGAGCAUCAACAAGCUCCCCAUCACUGUCACCACCAAUGGUUCCAGAUUCCAUGCCAACUCUAAAUAUUGGGUAUCAUGCUUCCACUGAAUUCAUUACUGCACACAACUAA